AUGUAUAAACAAAAUGAAAAAAAAAAGAAGAAUUCUCCACACGACAUCACCUCACAUGACCGCCACGCCGCGCCGUUAUUAAGAACUUGUCCGUCCCGUUCAUUCAUAAAACCACCAGAAAGUAAAAAUCAGUCCGGCGAUAGUUUGUCGCAGACUAGGCUUCACUCUGAAGAUCAGUUUACAAACACGCUGGAGGGAAAUGAAAUGAAUUGUCAAGAUGUGAAGCCUAACAUUCAUAGUAUUUCCAACGGCAAUAGUGAAGAUAGGCAUAAUGAAAGGACAAGCAAUGGCGUUACUAUCACCGAUGAAAUUAGAUUUAGUAUUAUUGAAGCAAUACAGUUGAGGCCUUGUAUUUGGGACAACUCAUCAAAAGAAGCACGAAGUCAUUUAUCGAGAAAAGAUAAUUUUAUGGAAGUUGCACAACAUUUAAAUAGUUUGGGACAUCCAUUAUCAACAUUAGAUGUAGAAAAACAAUGGAAAAAUUUAAAAGAUACAUAUAAUAAAGUGAAAAAGAAACUAAUACUCGAUCAACAUGGAAAUAUGGUACCGCCAAAAUGGCGAUUUUUUUCUGCAAUGUUAUUUUUAGAUCAAGCCGAUAAUUAUCAAACAACCCAGCAACAACAAAUGAAUAAUAUAAUGUUAACAACUCCAACAGAUAGUCGAAAACGGCGACAUAAUAUGGAAUCACCAUCUUUAUCACUACAAAAAAUGUCAAAAACUGAUAUGUUAGGGCAAUUACCUUGCUCAGAGAUUGAUAUGCAACCAAUGUCUCAUGAAGAUCUCAGUGUUCCGUCUAGUUCUACUACACCUCAGACGAUUAGAUGUACAAUUCCUAUAGCAACAAAUCUCUAUAAAACUCAUGGCACAGAUAAUUCAACUACAACAACUGCAACUCCAAGAGGAGGAUAUACAAAUCACCAUCAAUCUCUUCAUCAUUCACAAUUUUUUGCUAGUAAUGCUGUAUUAGAUGAUGAAUAUUCAUCUUUUUGUCGAAGUUUAGUAUUUUCCCUAAGAGAAAUAGGAAGUACCAAUAGAUUACAAUAUCUAAAAGUUCAAAAAGCAAUUAGAGAUACAAUUCAUGAGGCUCAGGUUCAAUGUAUAAUGUCUGGUGGACAACAAUGUAACAAUAAGAUGUCUUCGAAUCCAAACAACCAGGGAUAUAAGUAA